AUGAUCGGCAUUGACCCCAAGCAUUCUAUCGAACUUGUACAACAAGAAGAGCAAACACCAAUGUCUUGUUCAGUUGUCAAUCAUUUGCAUUCGUCCAUUACAACUGAUGUCGGUUCUAGUAUUUAUGAUAAUAAUAAUAAUAAUAACAAUAAACAUCAUCAUCAAAAGAAAAUUAUUUCAUCAUCACGAAUUAGACUUGGUCUACGUUGUUUAUGUCCAUUAGAUGACAAGCAAAAGCAAUUAUUUGAUGAGAUCUUUUCUAAUAAUGAACAGACAACGAACAUUAGUGAACGUAUACUUGACGAAUGUAUAUCACGUUUAACAAAGAAUUCUUGUAAUACAUUACUUAUACUUGUUUAUCAACUUCAAACUAUAGUUCUAUUAUCAGCAUUUAUACGUUUAGAUAAUUUUAUUAAUAACGAUCAAGAAAAAGAUUUAAUCCUUCGUAUUAGUGUACAAGAAUUUCUAAAUCAAGAAAUAUCUGAAAAAAAUUAUUUAUUAUCAUUAAAAGAUCCUUCUAUUUCGUCUCGAAAUGAAACAUGUCAAUAUUUAAAUAAUCUUUGUUCAAAUCAUCGUUAUAAUCCUUUAUUAAUUACAUUUCAUCUUAUAUAUCGUUCAACAAAUACUAAUAAAGUACUAUUUCAUAUACUUUUUACCAAUGAUAAUGAUAGUGAAAUAGCAAAAGAACAAUUUUCUGAUAUUUUUAUGUCAUUGGCAUUAUCAUUCUCGUCAAAUAGACAGAAACAAUCAUGUAAUAUAUCGAAAAAGCGGAAUCUAACGACCGAACAAUCAUUAUCAUCGUUAUUACAUCAAUAUGUGUUAAAUAAUGUUGAACGACAUUCAAAAAAUUUCUUGUAUAUCUUAGCAAAUGUUAAAAAUGAUAAACAAUUAAAAUAUUGGACGAAAAUUCAACGUUUAUUUCGAAUAAAAAAACAUCGUUUGAAAAUGUCUCGAGAUCGUCAUGAUUCAUCAUCUGUUGAAACAGUAAUAAAUCAUAAUAAUGAAGAAAUAUGGAUUGAUGGUCCAUUAAGUUCAACAAAUUCUAAAAGUGAAAUUUGGAUCGAUGGUCCACUUGAAUAUUAUUCUCCAACAUUAAAAUUUCGUCGUAAAAAAUCAAAAUCAAAAUCACGUUCGAACUCCCGUCGUCAACAUGCACCAAAACCUAAAACUUCUAUACUUCCAUCAAAACCUUCAUUAACACCAUUUCUAUCAUCAACUAUUGUACAAAAAGAUAAUGAUGAAUCAUCAGCAGCAGCAACAAAUUUUGAUAGUGAAUCAAUUGUUAGUUCACAUUGUCAUUUACCUGUAUUACCUGUAUUUAAAGAUCAUACAUUAUUACCAUUUCGUUCAAAUCAAAUUUUAGACAUAACAAAACCAUUAAAAAUUGACUUAAAAUUUAGUACAAAUAAACUAAAUGAUGAUAUGGAAAUGUUAGAAAAAACACUUGAAACAUUAUUAAUUCCAUCACCUAUUGUACCUAUAAAUAAUGAUAAACAAUCUAUAAUAAGUCAAUCAUUAAGUCGUAUUGAUCAAUUAUCAUCAUAUAUGUCAAAUGAUGAAAAAACUAAACGUUUAUCAAGAAUUAUUUCUCCAACACGUUUUGAUCAAGUAUUUAAUAAUACUCAAUUAUCAGAAAAGUUUCAUCCUUCAUCAAUCGGUUCAUCAGUUCCAAAUUCACCUAUAAUUAAAUCUCAAGAUCGUCCAUCACGAACACCAUUAAAUUCAACACCAAAUACACCUCAUCGUUUAUUAUCAUCAACAAAAAAAUCAAAAAAUCUAUCAGAAUCAAAUCGUCAAACAACAAAUCAAAUGCGUCCAUCUAUAUUUCAACGUUUAUUUGGUUUACGUUCAUCAUCAAUUCCACCACAAUCAUCAAUACCAAUUGUUAUUGAAUCUCCACCAUCAAUAUCACCAUUAACAGUUACAUUAGAUUCACAUGAUGAUCUAAUGCCAUUAACAACAAGUAGUACAGCAUCAUCGGCAUCAGGACGUGCUAGUUCAAGUGGUUAUGAAUCUAUGAGUAAUACAGCAUUUGAAGAUAUGAUUUCAUCAAUACCAAUAAUUAUGAAUAAUGAAAAUAAUCCAAUUAAAUUAAGAAAUAAAUCAAUACGAAAAGAUGAACGACGUUCAAAUCCUAAUCCAUCAUGGAAUAGUCCAGUGCUUCGUGAUAAAUCUCAUCGUCAACAACGUAUAUCUCAAUUAAAACAUCGUCAAAAUGAAUUAAAACUUGAAUUAGCAAUGACAAAAACAUUUUUAACCAUGGAUAAAAAUAAAAAUUUUGAUCAUAAACAUUCUCCUAACUCCACACUAAAUAAUAAUCCAAUUCAUAUCAUAAUGUCAAAUACAAAUGAUGAAGAUGAACUUGCAAGAGACAUUGAACAUUUAGAAAAACGUUUAGCAACAGCUAAAUCCCAAUUAACCCAUGGAACAUAUAAAAAAAAUAAAUUAUUUACAUCUUAG